AUGUUCCUCUUUUUCCUCCUCUAUUUCUUCUCUCAAACUACAGCAUACCAAGGAACCCAACUCCAUUUCAUCUCCUACAACCAGUUGCAAAGCGUUCCAAACCAAGAGAUCGAGAUGUCUUCUGAAGGCGAUUAUGACUCCAUGAGCCAACAUACUACCUCCCGAACGCGAGAGCAACACUCUUACCUCUACCCUACCUCAGGUGCCUCCCCCCACGAGGUCUAUUUUCUGGACAAAUACCGCGAGAAUGUUUCAAUUCCUCCAGGCAACUAUUCGAGGCAUAUGGAAGAGAAGCGAGCAGCCACCGCCGACAACGAUCAAGCCGCGAGGGCUCGCGAGGCUGCAGGCUCGGUGGGCAGAGACUGGGCAUAUACUAGCUCAGACUGGAGACAUACGGACUCAAAGAGACAUUACGACCCAACUCUUUAG